AUGUGGUCGUCGUGUCGGCUCCACGCGACGAAAACGAAAGUGGGGGAGGGAACGAGGGGAAAUCAACACGGUUCGGUUUGGACGCCUGGGGCGGCAGCAAGGUGUGAUGCGAUGACGGUGUGCUGCGCCCCGGGGCAUGGUUUGCAGCAGAAAAUCCUUCCCCAUGCCUCUUUCCCCUCUCACGUUCGGCACCCAGCUUCCGUGCGGCAAGAACGUCUCGUUCUCACCUGCUCUCUCGCCCUCGCGACCCUCAUAGCAGCAUUCGCUCUGCUCGUCCCAUCAGCCGCCGCCGCGCUGAAGCUCGGCCCUUAUAUCGCGCCGGGCGCCACGGACAACCGCGGCCCGUGCCCGGCCUUCAACACCAUGGCGAACCACGGCGUCUUCCCCCGCGACGGCUCCGCAAUCAAGCGCAAGCGCAUCGUCAACGCCUUCCGCAAGUUCUACUCCUUCUCGCCCACGGUGACGAACGCGCUGAUCAACGGCGCCAUGUCGAAGGGCGUGGGGGAUAAAAAGGCGGGGACGAUCGACCUCGUGCAGCUCCGCGCGCACAACAAGAUCGAGCACGACGUCUCGCUGGUCCGCGACGACGCGUAUCUCGGUAACAACUACGAAGUUAACGUUACGCUGUUCAACCAAAUGCUCAAGUUCUCCUCCACGAAAAAAUACAUCACUCUUCGCGAGAUCGGUCGCUUCCGCAAGCACCGCUUUUACGCCUCCCAUAAGAACAAUCCCCAGCUCAACUACGACACGAAUUUCGAAGCCGUGGCGUUCGGGGAAGCAGCGGCGCUCGCGGGGGUUUUCGGCGGAAGACUGCGCUUUUACGCGGUUCCGAUUGACUACCUCAAGUCGUUUCUCCGUGAUCAACGGUAUCCGAAAGGCUUCAAGCCGCCGCUUAUUCCGCUGAGCUUCCCCGAGCUGCUCGCCGUCGCGGGGCGCAUCAAGGUCGCCGCGUUUUUUGCUUAA